UUUUUUUUCUUUGAAGAUUUUGUUUCCCUAAACUUGCUCCCUAGCACAAGUUGAAUAGGGGAGUUCCUCGCGGUGGCGAGUGAAAAAUGGGGUUUCGUCUCAGAAAAUUUAGGUUCGAUUCUUCGCCGUGAUUCUCCUAUACCAUAUCUUCAACUUCAAUCUUUACCCCCCUCUCGCAAAUCCCAAAUUCUCAGAAAAAAAAAAUGAAUAGCGCCUUCAAAACCACUUUAACCCACACAAACCCUAAUCCUAUCUCCUUCACCAUCAGACUCUUCCAUUCUACUCCUCCAUUGGAACGCAAAAGGAACAAAUUUUGGGAAUCUAGAGGUAACCAUUACUCGAGAAGAUUUAGAAGAAUGCAGGCGAAACAAUCAUUGCUCCGCAAUGUUAAUGCUUAUGCAGAAUUCAUGUUUCAGAAUUGGAAAGAAGAUAUUGGUGAGGACGACCCAUCUUCAAGCCGAGAUAACUCGUGGUUUAAAAAACAAUAUUCUCCUAAGAACUCCGGAAGGCACAAUAACGACAAUCAAGGAAGAUAUCGAUACAGGAGAUAUCAUGAAUUUUGUGAAGAUGAUAUUGAUGUUGAAAGCAUUUUCCGCUCUGCCUUUGGUGGGAGUCGAGUCUUCUAUUGGUCAUUUAUAAAUGAAGAAAAUCCUCACUGGGGGAGGUCAGGAGACUUUUCUAAUUAUGGUAAAUCUUGGAAAUGGAAACGUCAGAGUGACAAUGGAUUCGGCUCCUCAACUGGGUCCGAGUCUGAGUCUGAGUCUGAAUGUUUGCGUUCAAAUACAGUCUCAGAUAGAUUAGCCCUUGGAUUGAGAGCUUCUGGUCCUCUGAAACUCGAAGAUGUGAAGAUUGCGUACCGCGCAUGCGCCCUUAAAUGGCAUCCUGACCGUCAUCAAGGCUCUUCCAAGGUUAUAGCAGAGGAAAAGUUCAAGCACUGCAGUGCAGCUUAUCAAUCAUUGUGUGAUAAGUUGGCCAUAAAUUAACAAUGAGUAUGCUUUUUCUACAAGUAAUCAGCUCUCAACAGUCAUUUGCGCAUACUCUGAUUAAUUUAACUCAGCUUGCAUUUAUUAAUUUAUUAAAUUAUAGUUUUUGUAGUAAUUUUAAUGUACACUAUUGGAAAUAAUGUACACACUACUUCACAUUUAAAACUUAGUUUUAGUUCAUCACCAUUUCUUUUCACUGUAAUAAACAUGUUCUUAAUUUGUAAUAAUGGAGGAGUGAGAUCUUUACUCCCCACCCUAUUUAUACCAUUUCAUUGAAAUGCUGUUAA